AUGAAUACAAAGAGAAGAACCAACAAUUGUAUGAAAGACGGUAAAUCCAACUCUGAUUUGGAUCAUCUAGUUCUCCUUAAUAAUUAUCUUCUUUCCGAACAUGUGAAUAGUCCUUCAUCAAAAAAGAGAAAAUUGACCACAGAUACAAGAUAUUUCCCUAACAAAAUAAUACUUAAAGAUGCAACCAAUGAAGAUUCUACUCAUUCGCUUCAAUCCAUUCAAUUAAAUCCUGAUUUUUGUGACGAGAUAGAGCAGAGAAUGAAAGAAUUGAGUACCCGAAUGGAUGAAACUCUCAAGAAGCAAGAGGAAUAUUUGGAAAAACGUGUAAGCAAAAGAGUAAUUCAAAAGAAAGAAUCUGCAGAUUGGAUUUUGGCAGCUCUCUGUAAAUUAUAUUUGGAUUCAAACGAAUAG